AUGGGCCCGGCGCUGUUGGAUAAGAUCCUCGGCGGCCCAGGGUCUCCAAAAGGGAUUGGUACGAAAAUUUGGGGUCUGAUAUAUGGUGUAGAUAAUUCAGAGGUUCGUCUGGCUCGGGAUCUCCCGACACAGAUUAGUAUUGAAGACUCGUAUGGGUGCUUGAACACCUUCGAAGAAGUGCGACGAGAGCUGAUUUCCCUGACGGCCAGCCUGAUACGUCGAAUGCGGGUGGAUCUCACUGAGAAGGACCGCGAUGUCGAUUCAGUAAAGGGCUGGGGAUCAAAUGGUUCGUCUAAUAUGCGAUGGAUUGCUCGUCCAAGGACUCUUCGUUUGUCAACACGACCUCGACCGCCUUCUACCCAAAACGAGGCGCAGUCUCAAAGUUUUAACCGAAUCUCACGCUCAGCACCGCUCCCCCACCUGCCAAAUCGUUUCAUUCGCCAAGACCGCUGCGCCCCAGCCAAGCGCUUCGCUGUGGCGGCUCUAGUUGACCGAUUGCUCGCUGCCUGGAGGUGCUUCCCUCUCCCUGUCGUUCCUCGGUCGCAGGAGCCAAAUGCCAUCCUACGUGUUUCGACUCUAGAUCACCCGAAGAUUCAUACACCCUCGCACCAAGUUGACCACCUUUCCCAUUUCGAUAUCACAUUCAAUCUCCGCGAUAAAAGCCAACGAAUAAAGCUAGAACUAGAACCAAACCAUGAUAUUCUUGCCGAGGAUGCAUAUGUGCAGUACUUAGACCGAUAUGGAAACAUACAACGCGAAGAGCCAAUUGAGCGACACGAGCAUAAGGUCUUCAAAGGCCGUGCUUCGGUUGGGAGAGGAAAGGGGAUGUGGGAUCCAGUGGGAUGGGCCCGCAUAUACUUGAAAAACGAUGGAUCACAACCUCUUUUUGAGGGGGUAUUCAGCAUCCACGAUGAUAAACACCAUGUCGAGCUAAAAUCGACCUACCUGGAAAACAAACGAGAGCAAGAUGUGGACAUCCCAGACCGGAAAGGUGAUUAUAUGGUGUUUUAUCGUGAUUCAGAUAUGAUCCGGCAAUUCCAUACAGACCUGAAGCGUUCAGUCCCCGUUUCCUCGUCAUGCCAAGCCGACAAGCUUAGGUUUAACUCCGACCCAAGUCACCCGAUUCUUCAGGUCGACGAGGAUAUGAAUGAAUGGGGUGCCAUGUCCUUAAAUUCCCUAUUCGGACUGAGCAAACGGCAAUCUGAUACUGGGGGUGUCUCGGGAAACAGUGGUGGCGUGAGCUUGAAGUCGACGAUUGGUGAUAAAUCCGGUUGCCCAAACACGAAAAAAGUCGCAUUAAUCGGUAUCGCUACGGACUGUGGGUUCACAGGCUCGUUCGACGAUAAAGAAGCAGCCAAAAAGUGGAUCAUAAACACCGUCAACAGCGCAUCCAAUGUCUACGAAAAAUCUUUUAAUAUUUCUAUCGGGUUACGCAACCUGACCAUCACUGAAAAGGAAUGUCCCGAUACGCCUCCCGCGUCAGCAGAGUGGAACAUGCCUUGCUCCACGGGAAAUAUCUCUUCCCGACUGGACAAGUUUUCCUCGUGGCGUGGGCAGCAAAAAGAUACUAAUGCUUACUGGACCUUGAUGAGCAACUGCCCCACAGGCAGUGAGGUUGGAUUAGCAUGGCUUGGACAGCUCUGUAAUGCGGAAGUUGUGAAGGAUACUACUAAUGCGGUCAGCGGUACCAACGUUGUGGUCCGCACUUCAGGCGGUGGAUGGCAGAUCUUUGCUCACGAAUCCGGUCACACUUUUGGAGCGGUUCAUGAUUGUGAUACCCAGACUUGUGGACAGAACCUUGAGGCGUCAUCGCAGUGCUGCCCUUUGACAUCGUCCUCCUGUGAUGCAAGGGGGCAGUAUAUCAUGAACCCCACCACUGGCACGGAUAUCACAGAAUUCUCCCAAUGUACAAUCGGGAACAUCUGCUCAGCCUUGGGUCGCAACAGCGUCAAGUCCAGCUGUCUUUCUGACAAUCGGGGGGUGACCACCUACACCGGCCAUCAGUGCGGAAAUGGUAUUGUGGAGUCAGGCGAAGACUGCGACUGUGGCGGGGAAGAGUCCUGCGGGAACAACAGCUGCUGUGAUGCCAAGACAUGCAAGUUCAAGAGCGGCGCAGUAUGUGACGAUGCCAAUGACAGCUGCUGUUCGAAGUGCCAAUUCUCCCCUUCCGGAACCGUGUGUCGGGCCAGCCGUGGCGAAUGCGACCAGGAAGAGACGUGCAGUGGCACUUCGAGUACCUGCCCUUCUGACGUCUUCAAGAAAGAUGGAACAAAGUGUGGCAAUUCCUCGUCUGGCUUAACGUGUGCCAGUGGACAGUGCACUAGUCGGGAUUACCAAUGCCGGUCCGUCAUGGGCAGCCUGUUGCAUAGCAACGAGACAUAUGCUUGUUCUGCAUGGAGCUCAUCUUGUGAGCUGGUCUGCUCUUCUAAUACAUUUGGUCAAUGUUACGGUGUCAACCAGAACUUCUUGGAUGGUACCCCUUGUGGAAGUGGUGGGCAUUGCAAGAACGGAAAAUGCGACGGUUCCAGUAUCAAAGGCUGGAUUGAUGAGCACAAGAACCUGGUGAUUGGCGUCGCGUGCGGUGUGGGGGGCCUACUUGUGUUGUCGAUUUUAUGGUGCUUGAUCAACCGCUGUCGCCGGGCACGGCCGGGUCCAAAGCCGAUGCCGCCACCUGCUGGCGCUUAUGGACCCUGGGCUCGUCCAAUGCAACAGCCGAUCCCGAUGAAUCAGUGGUCCAACGGGCCACCGCGAGGAUAUCAAGGACUUGGGGACCCUCCUCCACCACCAUAUCCUCCACCAUCGUAUGGUAACGCACCUCGAUAUGCCUAA